GCUCUCUUCUUCUUUUUUUCUCUUUCUCCCCGUUGACCCCUCUCUCUCUCUCUUUCUCUCUACCACUCCAUGCAAGCCCCCUUUAUUCAACUGAAAAAUCGGAAGACCGUGUAUCUCGCAAAAAGGUUAGAGGAAAAGUUGUUCUACGCGAUAAGAGCUUCAAAUCCAUCCAAACAAUACCACUAUUGGAGCACCUUCAAAUUUCUCUCCCAUCCUAAGGCUUGGAUUUGAGAUGGAAGAAAGUAGUCAUCAACAUGGGCAGAUUAUUGAGAUUAGCGGUGAAGAUUCUGGUGGAGAGAAGAGCGUUGGAGGGAGCAAACUCUGUGGAGAAGCUCCUUGUGGAUUCUCAGAUGCUGUAACCAUCACCAAGGAUGCAACAGAACGGGCAGCUUCCAUGAGGAAGCUUUUCAUUGCAGUUGCACUCUGUGUUGUCUUCAUGGGCGUUGAAGUAGCUGGAGGCAUUGAAGCCAACAGUCUUGCCAUUUUGACUGACGCCGCACAUUUGCUCUCAGAUGUUGCAGCUUUUGCUAUCUCAUUGUUUUCUUUGUGGGCAGCAGGCUGGGAAGCAACCCCUCGUCAGACUUAUGGGUUCUUUCGGAUAGAGAUUCUUGGUGCUUUGGUUUCCAUCCAGCUCAUAUGGCUGCUCGCUGGGAUUUUAGUUUAUGAAGCCAUUCUAAGGCUUAUUAACGACACGGGAGAAGUCAAUGGCUUCCUUAUGUUUAUUGUUGCUGCUUUUGGUCUUCUGGUAAAUAUAGCCAUGACUGUAUUGUUGGGUCAUGACCACAGCCAUGGGGGACAUGAUCAUGAUCAUGGUCAUGGUCAGAGUCAUGUGGGUCACGGUCACGGUCACAGCCAUAGCCACGAUGAUCAUGAUGAUAACAGCCAAGGUCACAGGCAUGGGGUGCGGAUUACCACUCAUCCCAUUAGUCACGAGGAGCACCCAAGAGAUGAGGAGCAUGGCCAUGCUCAUGAGGAAGACGAGGAGCAUGGCCACACUCAUGAGGAAGAUAUGCUCGAACCACUGCUGAAGCAAGAUACCCAAGACAAAAACAAACCAAGCAGUGAGAAAGAAGAAAAGGAAAAACGUAACAUCAAUGUACAAGGAGCUUAUCUCCAUGUUCUGGGGGAUUCCAUUCAAAGCGUUGGAGUCAUGAUUGGGGGAGCCUUGAUAUGGUAUAAUCCAAAUUGGAAAAUUAUUGAUACGGUUUGCACCCUCAUAUUUUCCGUCAUUGUGUUGGGGACAACUAUCAAAAUGCUCCGGAACAUACUGGACGUGUUGAUGGAGAGCACGCCUCGGGAGAUUGACGCUACAAAGCUCGAGAAAGGUUUAUGUGAAAUGGAUGAAGUGGACACUGUACACGAGCUGCAUAUUUGGGCCAUCACAGUUGGAAAGAUUCUGUUGGCUUGCCAUGUCAAAAUAAAGCCUGAAGCAGAUGCGGACAUGGUGCUGGACAAAGUGAUCGAUUAUAUUAGGAGGGAGUAUAAUAUUAGUCAUGUGACUAUACAGAUAGAGCGUUAGUUUUGAGCUUUUAAGAGCAUUAGGCCUCUUGUUACUAUGACUACUGCUGCAUUCUAUUUCAAUUAGGCCUCUUGUUACUAUGUUUUGUGUGUGUGUGUGUGUGUUACCCUUCUUCAACAACAGCAGUUUUGUAGUAUUGCAUAAGCCUUCUUCGGAUGGCCGUCGAUUACGUUUCAUAUCAAAUAUUGUAACAAUGUUGAAUCGCAUCACAAAA